AUGACGGCUGGCCUAGGCACUAGCACUAGCCCCUUGAGGUCCAUCACUUCAUCUUCGGUGUUUCAUCUUCGGUAUUCCUCGGUGUUUCAUUAUGCGUUUCUUUACCUAAUGACAAUACUGGCCAAACCGAGCACUGUGGUUGUAUCUACCAGAUGUGGAAAUCCUGCCCCAGGCUUGCCUGAUGACAUCCUCGAAAUUACAUGUGUCUGUAAAAUGAUCAUUGCGUUGGAGAGCUUUUUUUCAAUAGAAAUCUUUGUCCUCUUCCUAAUAAGACUUGGAUUAUAUUUGAAAAAACUUAGCAUAUCUUUCUUUGUUUUUCUGACAGGAAUUGAUUUUAAAAUCAGAACGAUAGAACUAGAUGGAAAGAAAAUUAAGCUUCAGAUAUGGGACACCGCGGGUCAGGAAAGAUUCCGAACAAUCACGACGGCGUACUAUAGAGGUGCCAUGGGAAUUAUGCUGGUCUAUGACAUCACAAAUGAAAAAUCCUUUGACAAUAUUAAAAACUGGAUAAGAAACAUUGAAGAGCAUGCCUCUUCAGAUGUUGAAAGAAUGAUCCUGGGAAACAAAUGCGAUAUGAAUGACAAAAGACAAGUGUCAAAAGAAAGAGGAGAGAAGCUAGCAAUUGACUACGGGAUUAAAUUCUUGGAGACGAGUGCAAAAUCCAGUACAAAUGUAGAAGAGGCAUUUUUUACACUUGCACGAGAUAUAAUGACAAAACUCAACAGAAAAAUGAAUGACAGCAAUUCGGCAGGGGCAGGUGGACCAGUGAAAAUAACAGAAAACCGAUCAAAGAAGACCAGUUUCUUCCGUUGCUCACUACUUUGAUGAACUCUUCCCGAGAGACUGCAGCACACCUAGUGGGCCCUUUCCUGCUUCUCUGAAAGCACAGGUCACCCAGCCUCAGAGUCACACUGCCCGGGCUGCUGCUGAGAGCACCGCUGAACUUAGACCUCUCAACACAGAAUGCCGAGUGGAUUCCAGCCUCACGGCCUAGCAGAAGAACAGGCUCCUCCUUUCAAACAUGGAAGCGAUGACGUGGAGACACAUGCAGGACCUAACUUGUUUUUUCUUUGUUUUAUUGCCUGCCGCAGAAGCUGCUAUCUUUCUUUUUCACUUUGCACAUCAGUGUUAGCCUUUCCCGAUUACAGCACAGUCUCAGACUCACGUUUGCACACUUUUGUGUCAUGAAGUUCGAAACAAAUUUGUACGUUUGGGGGUGUUGAAAGAGAGCAGAACAUUUAGAGCAGAGGUUAAUAUGCUCAGAUUAAUAUACUAAAAUGAAGACUGUUUGGUUCACAUGGCCAAAUGUUUCUGCAUUGGGAGCAUUUACGUAAGGGCUUAGAUGUGUGUUUUCUUAAAUAAGAAUCACUAAAUUCAUUUUGAAAAUGUAUUAAAAUGCCCACCUGUUCAUCAGAAGCCACAGUUUCCUUUUUCAGAUUGUUCAGAGCAUUGUCUCAUUUCUGAACUUUUCACCAGUGAAUCUGGUUAGCUAACUGAAUCACUUUUGAAAUUACCUCUGCCUAAUCUGCAUUUGAAAAUCACCAUAAUCUCACUUUUCCUGGGGUUUUCUUUUGCUCAUAUUUUCCAUGUUUGACUUACUGUCAUUAUUCAGUUACCUAAAACUAAUAACAUACUUGAACAUUGUUGUCUGUCUCUAUUUGUGAACUUUUUUAGUUGAAAUUUGACAUUGGCAGAGAGAUAGACCAUUAAGGGUUUCAUUUAGGCAUACAACUGUAGUUCUGUCACAUAAAGAUAUGUAAUAUAUUUUUUCCUAGGUUCACCCCUUAGCUUGCUGACGUAGUCUCAGUACCCAAUUCCUACCAUAAUCCCUGUCUGCAAAAGCUAACAAAGGUUAGAUUUAGAUUUCAGUUUGCAGAAAGCUUACCUAUAGAGAGAAAGAUGAGCUUAUUGAUAUAAAUUUAAUUGAGAUAGCUCUAGGUAAUGAUGAAAAUAAUGAUUUUUGGUCCUGUUUUUGUUGGGGGGGUUAAAAAUAAAAGUACUUAGACCUAGUGCAGCCUCUAGGAAAAGUCUUGCCUUUUCAUUAGAGAAAACGUGAGCAAGCUUUAAGUUUUAAAACAGCUGUUGUUGAAUGUGUAGAAUCCAGAUCCAUCUGUUUAGGUUCAUUGUUACAGAACUUAGUCUAGUUAUUUGUGUCAUGAAGUUCUAGACAACUUUGUACUAAGACCAACCAAAAGUUUAGUUGCCUUUCUCACCAAACACUGGUACUGGUAUACCUUGUUGAUGAGACCAUCAUAGAAGAAAAAAUGAUAUUUAAUGUUAACUUAUGUGCCAAAUUCAGAUCACUGUCAUUGCAGUUAUUCCAGCCUUCAGAGUCGUAACACAGAAGGGUGGGGAUAAUCAGAGGUGAUUAGGAAAGUGAAUUGUGUUCAGAAUGACUUUUCCAGGCGUGCCUAUUUUGCUUCAAAAGCUACUGGCAUGAUCAAUAGUUAAGAACAGGAGAUGGACGUGGCAAUGAAUUGCUCACUACCACAGAGGAUUCCACUUGAAAUUAGAUUAGGUUGUUAGAGUGCGUGGACCAACCUUUCCACUUUGAAAACUUAGAUACAAUUUAGCAGCUACAAAUAUACCAGAGCUGCUUUUGAUGCAUACACUUAACUUACUGUUGACAUAUUUCAGCCUCCUUAAUUUUCUUUUUGUAAUUACCUAUAGUAGGCUUCAAAGUCACCCAUUGCUGUCCCACUAUAAUCAGUAGUUUUGUGAUUGAAAGUUGAUUGUAAUUCUGCUAUCUUCAAGUUAGAUACAUUUUCUAAAAGAAAAAAUAAUUUCUUAGAAACAUCUUGUAUUCACUAAUUUUCUGGAAAACAAUCCGAGCAGUUAAGUUUUCUGGAUGGUAACAAAGUAUCUCUAAAAGGCAAGUGCCAUGACACCAUGUAUGAAUGUAAUCCUCUUAGCAAUUUACCUCUGACUAUUUGGUGUCUUAACACUUUGGUUUAUAUCUCAGGGGUUGUCUGCAAACCAAAACUGACAUAUUAUGUGGUUAGCUUUUAUUUUUUAACAGAAUGCUUUGCUUUUGUUCUAUUUCUUCUUUCUUCUUUUGUCUUCUAUGGGUUAAUAACUAGUCUCCAUGAACUUCUCUUUGAAAGAGCCUGUAAAUAUUAAAUGAGUCUUAAAAGUGCUCUUUGAAGUAGCAGCAAAUUGGGAGUAUAUGCUCUGUUAUAUAGAAAUAAAUUGUCCUUGCUAUUUUCUUACAUUUAGCUUUGCUAAAUUGUAUAUAAAUUGAGCUAAGACCAUAGGAAAUUCACUUUCUGCAUGGUAAAAUGACCCAAUAAAUAUUCCACUUUGCUUAAUAAUGUACAUAUAGUGCAUUAUUUUUUCUAUUUGUAGAUGAAUUUAGUGACAGAUAGUUGUCUGUUCCCUGCUGAAACUGAAGAAAUCUAGUUUUUUGUGAACAUUUUUGUGGUCUUAUGAAUAAGGUACAUGAAGAUUUUUGCAGCAGUAUUAGUGGUUCAGUGGCUGCACUUUAUUAUCAAUGUGCUAAUUUUUGACAAUGAUUGGACUAGACCUUUUCAAAUAAAGUCUGAGGGGCAUCAGACAGUGAAAAUGUGCUGUAACUAGGUAGCAUGUAAACCAGUUGAUUGUAAAAUGUUUCACUGGGAACUUAUUUUAGCUAUAUUUUACUUCAGACAGAUUAUAAUAAAAUAAUCUACCUGGGCA